AUGGGCCGGCUCCACACGUUCGUGGUGACUCUCCGUCGCGAGAGUCGUGAAGUCAACUGGGGUCUGCGUCUCGUUGGUGGUGCUGAUCUCGCAACCCCGCUCAUCGUUACCAGGGUGACUCCAGGAUCUCCCGCGGGUAAGGAACUGGUCCGCGGAGACAUCAUUGCGAAGAUUGACGACUAUGAUGCGCGUGAUCUGCGACAUGAAGACGCACAGAACCUCUUUAAAAAUGCGCAGAAUCAAAUUAAAAUUGUUGUGCAGAGGGACGUGGACCGUGAAGGACCGCGUGGAUCUGGCACACCGCUAGCACCACGAUCACCCUUGCCGAAUGCUGCUGCAGCACCAUACAGGACCCCGAGCCCGCUGCCCGCUACAGCGUGGCGUGGGCCCGAGUCUCAGCCGCGCACACCAGUACCAGCACGCGACCACGGACCACCACCCGCACCUGUCUAUUCGUACCCCUUGCAAUAUGAAGAUCACAGAAGUUUCGUGUUAUCACCGUCGUCUACGCGCACUGAUGAUACUGUAGACGAGUCUAUCGGUAGUCAGAAUGCAUUGAAAUCGCGUUGUUUACUCGGAGAAGACGGCUGGAGCGGCAGUUCGCGAUCAUACGCUGUACGACACACGUCCGCGCAACAGAGUGCUACUACAAUGGCCGUCAACCCUAAUUUCUUCCCCAACGGGUACCAAGAUCCCAUGCAUCCUGAGGAGGAAGUUGUCACAAACUGGCCAUACCGCACAACGCCCCUGGUUCUUCCGGGUGCGAAAGUGCGCCGUGAGCCAGGCCCUACCGAGAGCUACCUGCGUCAUCACCCAAAUCCUGCCAUGCGCGCUCCCCCCAGCCACGACUACCGUGAAACCUUGAUGAGACAGAAGGUGGCUGAGUCGGUGUUGCAGCGAGUUGUUGGCGAAGACGCGAAUAAGAUGGUGCACAAGCAGUUCAACUCCCCGAUCAAUCUAUACUCGGAACAAAAUAUCGCAAAUUCGAUCAGGCAACAGUCCUCGCCGUUGCCUUACAAGCCGACCGUGCUGUACGACCCAGCCAAGUCCGAGACGUUCCGCGCGCUCCAGGAAGAGGGGCUGGGCGACGUGGUGCAGGAGGUGCCCACACCUGUCCAGCCGAAGGUCUUCACGGCGCCACCCAGCAAGAAACAAGCGCCAACUCCAAGACCAGCCCAGGAGAAGCUGAAAGGAAAACAAACGACCUUCGUAAAUUCGCUACACGAAGAGCACAUCCAACAGUCGAACUCGUUCAAGCGCCUUAUGUAUAACGUGCUCGGCGACACCGAGUUUUAG